AUGGAUGAAGACGGCCCUAAAAGGCCCAGGGUACCACACUUCAAAGGAAAGUACGAUUGGUUUGAUGAAACAGAAACUGACAAUAAUAGUGAUGAUAAUAUCGGUGAUGAAUACAUUGACGAAUUUCCAAGCUUAUCAAAAGAAAAUAACAUUAAAAAAUAUCAAAUGUGCAAACCGCUGCGCCCUCUACCAGUGGCUGCAUAUAGCAUGUAUAGAGAGCAGGGAUCGACAUCUGCCCGGUCUUUAACAGCUGAACGACUGCAUCCGGAAAAACACGUGACAUUAGAAGAAGAAGGGGGAAUGUCAGAAAAAGUACGUUCAUAUGCUAACGCUGUUUCGCCGAAGAAAGAGCAACGGUCAACUAGUCUUAGUCCAAGGAGAAAUCAGCAAGUUGAUUAUAACCGACGCGCACAGUCUUACGAGCGGGGUAAGCAUCUGAAACUGUAUGACAUUCGAGAUUGCGAUGACAAGGAAACAAAAGAAUACAUAUAUUCAGGAAGAAAAGGUCAAGAUUAUUUACACGAGAAGAGGUAUGACGAAGAACGCUAUGCUAAUAAAUCAAAUAAAUACAAAGAGGAAGAAUAUACUCUUGUUUCACCGCAUGACAGAAUACAAGAAUCUCUAGGGGCUAUAUUCACUAAAAAAGGGAAGGCGUCAAUGGACCAACAAACCAAAUUAACUAAACUGAAUUCGUUUCUUCAAGGUAUCUUGUCAAAACAAGUUGAAAAGAGGGUUGAUAUUGUUCCUGGUAAUGAACAGUUAUCCGCAGAGAUAGGAAAAAAUGAAGAAAAUGUAAAAUCUCUUACUAUACAACAAGAAAGUGUCGAGCCAGCAAAAAUUAAAGAACAGUCUUUCGAGACGAGAGAAAUUGAAACACUUCACGUCAAAGAUGUCAGUCAUGCAGAUCUGGGUGAUGCAGCAAAGUCAGGUGUCGGGGUAAUCGAGGCAGCGAAGUCGAGUGGUAAAGGAAUCGAGGCAGCGAGGUCUUUCAAAGAAAGUGAGACUACAAACCUUUCUGUUAGUACAGACUGUAAUACUGUGCUGGAGUCAGCUGGAGAAGAGAAAAAUGCAAUGGUCAAUAAUACUGAAGAAGAUCAGAGUGCUAGUUGUCUGAACGACCUUGAACAACUCAUUGAAACUUUAACCUUAGAACCUGAUGAAGAAGAUGUUUCCAAGAUACAAACGUUGGCAGACACUGUGAAGACAUCGUCAGACCUGAAAGAAUUAGCCAACAUAAUAUAUAACCGAUGUAUGAAGGAUUGGGAGUUCGGUAAAACGGGGGCGUGUCUGUGUGAUAGACUAGCUAAUAUGGAAGUUGAAGGAUCUAAAUUUAGAAACAUUAUGUUGUCUUUGGUACAAUUAGAUUAUAAAGAUAAAGACAGUAUAAGAACAAAGAGCCCAGGGAAAUUUUUAGGUUUUGUGACAUUUUUAUGCCAAGUAUUUGGUAACAUGAGAACAGCUAAAGGAGAACCAUUUAAUGUACUAAGUGGACCUAUAUAUGAUUGUAUCUAUACCAUAUUUAAUGAUGAUAAUUCUUCCGACGAUGAUUACGAGUGUUUAUUAUUACAGGUACAAAGUAUAGGUAAAGAAUUAGAAGCUUUUGAUGAAUUUAAAAUGUCAGAAUUAAUGGAGAAAGUGAGGACAAAGAUCAUUAAAGAUGGAAGAUCGGCCAGAGCGAGAUGUUCGUUACUAGAAUUACUUGAGUCGUACAAUAAGGGAUGGAAGACGUUACCCAAUGAGAUUACACGAUAUUAUUGUGACACGAUGGCGGAGAUAUUUACAGACGCUAUCUGCUAAACAAACAAUUUCUAGUCUAUACUUUUACAAUCUUGUUAAUCUGAUGAAUACAGUGUAACCUGCCUUACCAACACUUUGAGUUUUCCAACAUUCUGUUUUAAACCAAUACAUUGCGUAUUUCAACAUUCUGUUUUAAACCAACAUGUUUUCAUGGUCCUAAAACAUUCGUAUCUUUGCAGAAAAAAAACCUGAGUAUUCUGACAUCCUGCUUAAUCUGAAAUUUUGUUCUAGUCCCCCAGAUAACACAGGUUAUACUGUAGUAUAAUGCAAUAGAGAAUUUUGACAUUCAGUUCCUUUUCAAUAUAAACACACGUUGAUUCAUGAUUGGUGUUUCUUAUUGUUGUAAGAUAGCAAACUUAGUUUAGGUUGCUCAUUUUUGUGAGAGAGCGAGCGAUCAAUCUGUAAAAUGAACAUGUCAGAUCAGUUGUAAUUUAAGAAUUGCAAAAAUAUCAAUCUGAUUAAUAAUAUACUUUGAUUGCUUUCAUGAAAAAUUUUACGAUUAAACACAAGAACUUUAUUUUAAUCAGAUCAGACGUGAGGUAGAAUUGAUAUCAUUAGUCCCAGCAUCAACACAGUAUCAAUAUUUUACUCAGGCUAUGUAUGGUGGCUGUGAUUUAAUUUUUAUACAUUUAUGCCUUUUGACAUACCUCAAAUUUUGAAGAA